GGAGAAAUUAGGGUUCCAAGCUCAAUCGAUCAAGAGACGUACAGCCAGAGCUAGGAAGCCUGAACCUUGAGCGCUAUUAUUGUGCAUGCCGGUCUGCGCUUGUGGGACUGCAUCUUGACAGGAAUACGUUUCCUCCAUCUUGACCUUGGACCCAGGUUGCUACAUAUUGCAGGACAGCCCUGAAAGUAAGUGCAGGCGCAAUGUCCUCGUGCUGUAGACGGGCAGCUAUCCCUCUUCUUCUCCUGGUUGUGCUGUACUUGAGUGCAGGAGCCCUGAGCAAACCGACUAUCAACUCGUUCGAUUCCAAGCUCCAGAGCGUGGUGAAUCAGGGCCAAACAGAAGGUGCCAUUCAACAGGGGGAACCAAUGUCAAAGACCUCCUGGCCGGAGCUUAUGGGAGCCACUGGGUUGCAGGCUAAAAGCGUUAUUGAAACAGAGUCUCCUAACAAGCUGUCUAUCUUCAUUGUGCCUGAGGAUGCCAUUGUCACCAUGGAUUACAAUCCUCUGCGUGUGCGCAUCUAUGUAAACAAGGAAGCCAAAGUUGUAAGGCCGCCAAUGGUGGGAUAGAAUUGAUCAAAGCGGAAUAGUAUGCCAUGGAGAUGCUCCAGAGCUGACUCAGCUCAAAAAUGUUCUAUGUCAUUGACUGUCAGCAACCAGGGUUUGAACAUUGAACGCAGGUUAUAAGAUGCAACCUUCGAUAGCAUGAUAACUGGUUAUGUAUUUGAGACUUGAUAUGUAGUACUUACCAGCAGGACUCUUCCGCAGAAUGACCAGAAUCGUUGAUGGGUUCCGAGUUUCCGCUGAAUUAAUGCAUGCCCAAUGAUUCGUUGUUAUAGGCGCGAUCGUUGAUCUCAAUGGCAAUUUGACAGA